CCUACACUCUCUCUGCGGAAUUUCGUCAAAUGACUCAGGUGGACCUUGAGACGCUCCUCUGUGGGGGCGACGUCAAGGUGGCAUGCGAGACCAUGAUCGGCGGCGAGGAUGCGGCGGCGAAGCGGGCGGAAGAAGAUCCGGACAUGCCGGCGGAGUCUAUUCAGAUUCGGAUCGGGGAGGAAAUCGAUUGGACUGACAUCAACGCGGUUUACGAACGGGAUGAUUCGACAAAGGGGAACACGAAUCCUAAAUCCCAGCAUCCGAAUCAGAAGCAGCAGCAACAGCCGCCGUCCAACUCCCAGCGCUUCUCCGGCAAUCUGAAGCCGAAAGCCCCAAUCAUCGCCCUCCCCAACAAAAUUCGCCACUCUAGUUAUCUCGGCGCCAGCGCCCGCCGCCUCCCCAAAGGCCGGACGUUACUCAAGAAGAAACGGGGAGGCGGGGAUCGGAAAUCAGCCCUUCCGCCGCCUGAACCUGGAUCGCCCAAGGUUUCCUGUUUCGGAAAAGUGCUCUCAGAUAGGGAAAGAGAGAGGAGUCAUCACAUCCGGUCGGUGUUCGCGCCCUCGACAGUGGAUGAUAAGGACUGGAAGCAUCGACGAUCCGGCGGGUGCUUUGCGAGGCUGAUAGGGUUUUUCCGAUGCCGCCGACCGUCGACUCAUCGGGAGUCUGAAGAGGAUGAAGAGGAGGCAUCGACGCCACCAGAAAAGAUUGUGUCCUGGUCGGGACGUCCGUCGGCGGCGACGGCGAUGGAGGGAUCUUCGGUGGCUACGCCGGCGGGGCUCGGGGCGGUCCGGCGGUUUUCUUCAGGAAGACGCCCGGCUUCGUGGGGAGGAGACGGGGACUUUGACGGGCAGAUGCACGUGACAUCGGCUUCUGCGCCGUUAGAUCAGGAGGGGACGAUAGGCAGGCGGUCGGUUGGGUGAAUGGUGUUUGGUAGAUGCGGAUUGUGUUUGGUAGUGCGUUUGAUUAAGUUGGUCUAGCUGAGUAAUGGAAACUUACAUUGUUUUUAAAUUAUUGGUGAAUAUUUUUCAUGAUUCAGGUUUUUUGUCUGUUUUGUAAAUUGUAAAAUGGGCUUUUGAGAUUAUUCCAUGUAUUAAAAUCACGAAAUUGGUUGGGAUGGAACUCUUUCUUCUGUGCUAACUAAU